UUCGAGUAGUACAAAAAGAUUCUAACCUCCUUUGGGCUUGGUCUUUAUUGAUCUCAUAAAAUGUUAUAAAAAAUCAAGCAGUCACUUCACUGAAAACAUAAACGUGACUUUGUUUGUUCGUUAUAAUUGUGUGUUGUAAUUAGUUUUUGAAAUAAUAUAUGACAAGCUAUAUGAAAUUAUAUAUAGAUUUAAAUCAGAUCUGACAAAAUUAAAUCAAUUGCUGUUUGGAAUUAGUAAUAUAUAUGUGUACAUAAAAAUAUAAGACACAUUUAUAUUAGAAAAACAAAUAUUUCGUUUAUAUUUAUGGAUCAAUCGUGUGCGGACGACAUGACCGAGGAAAGCAACGUACUGUUCGUAAGAGGAAGUGAAGAUAAAAGUGGGGAUGAUGAUAUCUGGGAUGACACAAUAUUGAUACAGGCAUACGAUAGAGCAGUGAGUUUGGCCAAGGAGGAAGUAGCAAAGCGCAUUGCUAUGAACACUCAAAGUGAACACACAAAACAGAAAGCGCAAGGUUCCAAACGUUUCAGUAAAAUCUCUAAGAAAUGGACCGUUGGAUCUCCAUGCCGUGCAGUAUACUCAGUAGACGGAGAGACCUAUGAAGCCAUUAUAUCAAAGAUCUUUGAAAAUUCUGGCAUGUGCCUAGUGAAAUUUAUUGGAUAUCAGAAUAUCGAAAAAGUGAAACUCGAUUCUCUCUUGGAAUCUGAAGGGCUGCAGAGCCAAAUCGCCCAGCAGAAAGUGGCAUUAGCAGCGGAGAAGAAUAGCGAAGAUACUGACUCGGACAGAUAUUCCAUUGGAUGGAAUUCCACGAAGAUCAAUGUCGAAAAGAUGGACUGCGAUACAGAGGAUUCUAAGCUGUUCAAAAAGAAUUUCACGCGUAGACCUGGACAUUUCGAUCCGGCAAACAUAAUGCCGCCCGCACCACCCUUACCACCGCAAUUAAUGGCCAAGUUGCCUGAAAGUGAUACAGAAGCAUUGUCCAGCAUGUUGAUGUCGUGGUACAUAAGCGGUUUUCACACAGGUUAUUAUCAUGGGCUGAAACAGGCCAAUAUUAAUCACCAGAAGAGAAGAAAUUGUUAGUAGCUUAUCGUAUCGGAAGUGUUCGCUUUUUUUCCACAGACAACACAAUACUAAGUUUAAAUUAUGGACUAUCUCUUGUAAUAAAGGAAUUUGUAUUAAUAAAAUUCUUCUGUAUGCUUAUUUUA